CGCGGCCAGGCCGCGGCCUGCGUCCUAAAGCGGCGUGCAGCCGGGUCCAACACUUCAGUUUUUGAGACUCUGCGCGAUUUAAUGGUGCGCUGAGUUUUCUCCAUAAGGAGAUGGUUUAGAAAAGAUGUACUAAAUUUAUGAGACAAACUUGUGCUGAUCCAGAAGCCCUGGUGCAGUGCACAAGCCGCGUGCAGCCAGCAGCAGCACUGACCAGCAUCCAGGACUCUGCUGUCGGAGCGACACAACAGAAGUGAGUGCCUGAGGGGGCUUCACAUGCCUGGAGGAGAAAUACUCUUCUUGAUUCCUGCAUCCAAAAUUGAAAUCUACCACUGAAGUCAAUAUAAAAGAAAUGAUAAAAUUUUUUCUUAUGGUUAACAAACAAGGUCAAACAAGACUGUCCAGGUAUUAUGAGCAUGUAGAAAUUAAUAAACGGGCAAUACUGGAAGCUGAAGUAAUCAAAAACUGUCUCUCCCGUUCAAAGGAUGAGUGCUCUUUCAUUGAGUAUAAGGAUUUCAAGCUGGUGUACCGACAGUAUGCAGCUCUUUUCAUAGUUGUUGGCAUCGACCAGACAGAGAAUGAGAUGGCAGUAUAUGAACUAAUUCAUAAUUUUGUGGAAGUUUUGGACAAAUACUUCAGCAGAGUGAGUGAAUUAGAUAUCAUGUUCAAUUUGGACAGAGUGCACAUCAUUUUGGAUGAAAUGGUGCUAAAUGGUUGCAUCGUGGAAACGAACCGGAACAGAAUUCUUGCCCCUCUGUUUGUGCUUGACAAAGUGGCAGAAGGCUAGGCAAAUGCAAGAGUGACUAAGGUGUUUUACAAAAGAUGGCAAAAGCAUCAAUAAUGUGCCUAUAGCAGUUUUCUGCUGUUGUAAGACUGACUCACACAACAUUCAAAUUAGUCGGAAAAUAUUUUCCAUUUCUCUUAUAUGUGUACCCAAUGGGAAAGAUACAGCUAAACAUGUGGAUGCAUUCAGAUGUAGCUUCACUGAUCCAGCAGAAACAUUCCUAGAAUGGUCAAUAAUUUUAAAACAUUUUGAGGAUGAAGAAAUGGAAACUUACCAUGACUGACUAGGUACCACUUUGAAUUAUGUAGUAUCAUGCCAGACCUAGAAGAUAUAAAACAUAGAAAUAUAAAUUCAAACUGAGUUUCAGUCCUUCCCUUAACCACCACCUUGAUUUAUUUUCAUACAAAUUUACAGUUAAUAAUAGUUCUGUGACUUUUAUGCCCACUUUUUAACUAUAGUCAUCCUUCAUGAAAAAGCUGUUUUUUCAUCAAAAAAAUGUUUCCCUCCCUUUGCAAUGCAAGUCAUGGACACAAAAAGAAAAGUACAGAUGUAUUAAGUAUUUCUGCAUACUUUGCAAGUUGUAACUGGAAUAAUUUAGCACUUAAAUAUUAUAUUAAUAAAAUAUAAUUAAAAUCAGAAUUUUAAUGCUCUUUUGUCAUGUUUGCUUCAUAAAUUACACAAAAUCUUUUCUUAUUUUGGCACCCCAGUGUAUUUUUUUUCUCUUGUAUACACUAUCUAUGCAUAAAAAUUAAAACUUUUACAGAAGAUGAGUAAUAGAUAUGCAAGUUCUCAGGACCAGGUAGGAAUGGAAUGAAGUCUCCCUUCUUGAGCAGGAAGCCGUAGCUAUGCUAAGUUGCAUUCCCAGGCAUCCAGCGUGCUGAUUCACACUGCACAUGGCUCUGUAAGUCAGGGGACAGUUGGUAAUCUCAGCUCACUUCCACUUACCUUUCUAGAACUUGUAUCUGCAUCCUUCUUAACCUUCAGCCCAACCCUACAUAUAACCUGAUACUGAACAACCAUAUUUUGUGUGAAAGGACACACUGGCCACAUCAGUGCCACUUAGAAACCAUGGUCUAAGGAGCAAAGAGUGUGGUGUGCAAGAAUAAUCCACAGGGCUUUCACACAGUAACACGCUUAUCAAAACAAGAUGAUGUUGGGACUGGUGUAGAGUUGCAUAAACCUGGACACAGGUGUUUGUCUGAAGCACAACAGGUACAGAAGUGGGCAGGAUGGUGGAUAUUCCUCUCCAAUUCUGCAUAGGGAAAAUCCAAAAGACAAUGCUGUAAAGUCCUACAAACAAUGCUAUGAAAAGAAAUCUGGCACCAACCUGAUGUGCAUGUGCAAGGCAGAGUCUUUUGGCAAGCUCCUCUCAGUAGUAGCCUAAGAAACGGUUGUUACCAAAGAUGACUGGCACAAAGCAAAACUUAUUACACAAAUUCAACAAUAGCCUUUUCAUUUUUUUUUCCUGGUAUCAACACUACAUAAAAAUCUUUAAAACCACAGUGUCAUCUUGCUUUAUCUUACUGUACGCCACUUUUUUUCCAAUAAAUAUCAAGUGCUAACACCAAGGCAGCCCAUCCAUCUCCUCUAAAGCUGAAUCAGCUGUAUCAUCUGACCCAGAUUUUAUUCCAGUAUAAUGAAGAACUAUAGUCUCAGGUCACAUGGGCUCACUGAAGAGCACCAAAACCUGCUACAUGCAGUACUCGUCACUGCCAGACUUAUUCCUAAGAAAUUCCACUUACUGUGAAAAGAUUUGAACACAGAGAUGAAUUUGUGAGGUCAGUAGUUCUCUUAUGUAGUUCUUUGAAACCUUCAUAAAAUACGGCACAUUGUUCAGAACAUGUACAGAGAUUUAGAAAGUACUAAUGAAGUAUUCAGAAGAGACAUUUUUAUAUGUUGCAAACAUUUUAAUGAUUACUUUUGAGCUUACACAUUGGGUGCUUUUUUUUUAAACUUCAAACUGCAACAAGUUAAAUAAAUGUUUAUAAUAUACAAAGAAAAUACAACCGAAAGUAAAACUUGCUUUAAGUGUGCCUUGCACUAGGAACCAGUGUUUUUUAAUAGCUUUAUUGUUGAGCUGCACAAACACACUUAAGGAUUUGAUCUUUAUAGCAGGGCAUUUGAGAAAUCAAAAUAUAUUCCCACUUGAAAGAAAAAGAAGAAAAAAAAACCGGUUGUGCAUGAUUAUACGCAAAAACCCACUAAAAUACUCCAAUAGUGCAG